GAUCUCACACGGACAUCUACAAGUGAUCCAUAACUCAUAGCCGGCAUCGAUGGUCCAGAAGAUAAGUUAAUAUGGCAAAAUGACGAUCGGUCCACCUCAGCCGAGCAUUGAAUUCUCUCCGCACACGUCGUAUCAAUCAUUUACGUGUCCUUCAAAGCACAUUUUCCCGUUAUUCUCAAACUUCCGUUUUCCUUCAAAAAGGAGAUGUCCAUCUGCUCGUAAUGGACUACGUAUUCACGACAUGACUUCAGAAACCCGAACACCAAGCCAAGAAGCAAAGCUUCUUGAUGUAUCCUGGAAUGUUGAGGAGGUCACAACUUACCUGAAGCGCUUGAAGAGCGAAGCCGAAGCGUUCGAAAUCUCCCAGACUGCGAAGUCUACCCCGGAUCUGCCUUCAUUUUCUGAGCAAGCUGGGGGUAAUCACGCGUUUCGAUCGUCCUUGUUAUAGAAACAUCUUCGUUGGAGACAGUUCCGCUUGAUCACCAAGAUAACUCGGAUGUGCUAACUGCGUAGCGUACUCGUGUUUCUAUUGUGUACAGACGUCGGAAUGUCCGGAAUUAAAGAUCUCCCGACAUCUACAAACUUACGUUAAGGCAUAGCUGGCGAUUCUCUAUCUCAUUUAGCAUUUUUAAGCUUCAAGGUCGACUUCCAGGUUUAAGAAUGAAUGUCUUCUAACUUUAUAGGUCCCUCUGAGUCGUGAGAUUAUCAGGCAAAUACACUUUUGUCUACAAA